UUUAAAAGUGCUGCAGCUCAGCUGACGAGGAGUUGCUGUUUUAUUAUUUAUUUUUAUAAAUAAAUAUAAUGUAAUGAUGUAAAUUAUUCUUGCAUUUGCAAAAAUUGACAUUGCCAUGCAAAACAAUUUAUUCUUAUUGCGUUGCGUUCUUUACUGUGCACAAUAAUAAAUAUUACUUAUAUGAUAAGAUAUGUAAUGUAUUAUCGAUGCAUUCUUAUGAAUUAUUAAAAAGUCAUAAAGUAAUGCAUCAUGAUUAUUAACUUCAUUUUCUGGCCUGUAAUGUUUUUAGCUCAUGGUACAAAUCAAUUGCAUCAAUUUAUUUACGAUUAGAAAAAGUUAUCCAAAUAUUUAUAUCAAUAUUGUAUUUCUAUAACACAUUUAUAAUAUAAUAUAUAAAGUUUAUUCAGUCCAUAUUUGCAUUAUUUAACUUAUAAUAAUGGAUAUGUCUGAAAUUUUUUACCGUAUUAGCCAUUGGGGGCCCAUAAUCGCCAUGAUCAUCAUAAAUUGCAUAACAUUUUCUACUCUGCAAAUAACGUCGAUGUGGCUCCCAUUCUUUUCAUCAUGGAUGUCUGUUUGUGUUUAUGUGUUAUUUCUUUUUCUUGUGAGCUGCACACUUUACAAUUUCUUUUGUGCCAUGUUUAUUGGUCCUGGUUAUGUUCCACUAGGCUGGCAUCCUGAAAAUAUUGAAGAAUGCCGUUACCUUCAAUAUUGUACUUUAUGUAAUGGUUAUAAAGCACCAAGAGCUCAUCAUUGCCGUAAAUGUAAAAGAUGUGUGAUGAAAAUGGAUCAUCAUUGUCCAUGGAUCAACAAUUGUUGUGGUCAUCGCAAUCAUGCCAAAUUCACUUUAUUCCUUAUUUCAGCUGUUUGUGGUUGCAUUUUAUCAUCAAUUCUUCUAUUCAUAGGACUUUAUCGAGCAUUCCGAAUUAAUUGGUACUUUUUAUAUGGAGAUCACCAAUACAUAGUAUACCUUACUAUACCUCAGCUAGCCUUUACUGUAUUCAGUUUUGGUUUGGCUCUUGGAGUUGUACUGGCCGUUGGUGGAUUAUUUUAUGUUCAAAUGAAACAAAUUAUAAGAAAUGAAACAAGCAUUGAAAAUUGGAUUGUAAUAAAGGCUACAAGUCGACCACGAGCAGAAGGUGAUAUUUUUAUUUAUCCUUAUAACUUAGGAUGGUGGAAAAAUAUCAAACAAGUAUUUUGGGAACCACAAGGAAAUGGCUUAACUGAUUGGCCAGUUGUUCUAUGUUGUCAUCCUUACACACUCACUAUUGAACAGAUAAUUCAAAAAGAAGAUAAAAAGGCUAGGAAGAAGCAGUACACUAUAGUUCAGAGUUAUAAUGGAUCAUGGUUUCCAAUAUCCAAAGGAUUUAGAACUUGUUUAUCACCUCCAUGCAGUGAUGAAUAUCGUAUUCCAUUAUCUGUUGGUGAUAAAGUUUAUGUCACAAGGUGGAGGAAGAGAUGGCUAUAUGGCGAAAAAUGCAGUACAAAUGAAAUAGAAGAACGUGAUUCAAAAGGAUGGUUUCCACGUUGUUGUGCUGUUGAAUUCACAACUACUGAUGGAGAAGUGACAAAAGUUUCAAAAAAAUUAUCAUGAUUGUGAUAUUACAACUUUCCCGAAAAAAGUGUGCGAUUUUUGUAACAUCUUUGCUCAAAUUUGCAACAUUUGUAUUUGCAUUUGUGAUAAAGUGAGCCCUGCAACAAUAAAUAAGCAAACAUUAUAAGAAGAAUGUAUAUGAUUUACAAAAUAAACCAAACGAUUUUUCCAAAGAGCUUCCAAAUUUCUUCAAAAUGACAUAAAGCUAAAGGCUCCAGGUUCAUUUAAAAAUCAAAUUGCUCUUAAUAGUUUAAAUUUCUAAUUUUUAUAUAGUUCUGAAUUGUAUUAAAAUGAAAUAUGAUCAAUCUUUUCCUGCUUAGAUAUCCCGAAAUAAAAUUAUUUUUGUAGUGAACAUUUUAAAUGAAUAAACAUCUGUAGAUUUAAUAGAAAAAUAUAUAAUUGUUAAGUUUUUUUAGUCUAUCUGUUAUGUGAUAAUAAUAUUUUGUAAUGUUAUCACAUGAUAAUAUAGUUAAUAAAAAUAGAAACUAUAUGUUCUCAAAUAUUGAAAGAAAAAAAAAGCUGUGUAUGAAUAAUGUGAUAUGUUUUUGCUCUAAACUUGUUGUGUGCUUAUUUUAUUUAAAUACUUAUAUAUUUUACUGAAACUCGCAUUGCCUCUCUAUAUAAAUUGUAAAUUUGUCAAAUUUUCUAUAUUUAUUUAAUAAAAUAUCGCUUUGGUUAUUUAUUUUUUUUAAUUUUCUUGUGUGAAAUUUUAUAACAAAUUAAAGCUGAAAAAUUUAUGGAAACUAUAAAGUUUUUAAUACUGUAUGAAUUGAAAUGAUUUUAUCAAACAUUUUUAUUCAGUAUCAUUAACUUUUUAUCUUAAUGCCAUCAUCAACUUGAUUCUAAAGCUUAAAAGUAAUAGUAUAAGUAGUUGAGUGUAUGUUUUAUUUAGCUAAUUAUGAAUUUGCCAUUUCCUUAAUGAUAAGUAAACUGCAGCAAAAUAUAUUUAUGAAUUUCUUCACUUGUUAAAUCUUUUUAGGAUUUUGCUAAUUUUUUUUUAUUUAUUUAUAUGUUGAAAUUUACAUUUAUAAAUCAGUAAAUCUCCUUAUUUUUAAUAUUAAUAAAUAUUUAUUAACCAAAUAUUGCUUUUCAUGCCAUUUAAAACACUGUCUGAAUACUUUUACCAGGUGCUCUAUCAUUCUGGGUAAUUUUUUUUUUUUAUUUAUCUUUUCUGGUAAACUUAUCAGAGAAACAAAUUUCUUUCAUUUCUUUAAAAUUACUUAAUCUAUUGGUACUUUAAGUUUUUGCAUUAUUGUAUUUGAUGGCAGAAAAAAAUGGUAAAUAAUAAAAUUUGUGAUGUAAGAGUAAUAUGCUCUUGCAUAGUGAUUAACCUGGAUCUUCCAAAAUUAUGAUAUAUCAUUAUUUUUAAAUUCAAUUUUUUCCUCUGAAUUUAUUUUCUCAACUUAAUUGAGAAAACUUAGGAUAUUAUACUCCGCUAUUAUUCAUGCUGUGAAUAGCUAAUUAUAAAAGAAAAUUUGUUUAUUACAAACAAAUAUUUCAAUGAAAUUUGUAUUUAAUAUUAUGCUGAAAAUUUGUGAAAACCAUUAAAUAUUAAUUUGCUCUUGGAAAAUUUAUUUUUUAACAUAGGAAGUAAACUAGAAGUUUGAAGAAUAGAAGAAUCGAAAAUAAAAGUGAAUAAAAGCCUCAUAAUAAAUCAUUUGUUUAAAGAAUCACAUUUAAAAAAUUAGGGGUAGCUUAAGAAAAGAAAAUUUUCUUAAUUACUCAACGAAAAAAAAAUUAUGUUAGAGGUGGGUUUUUUCCCCCUUUUUAUGCAAUUUAUUCACUUCUAAAAAAAAUUUAUUUCAGCAGCAUCAUGAUAGAUUAUUGCACUGAAAUUGUUUUUAAAAUACAAAUUAACUCUCCUUUGUAUUUUAAAAUCUGAUAAAUAUCUUUUCUAAUAAGAGAAGAAAAAAACUCUAAAUAAAAAGACUUAUUGACUUUCUAUAUAUUAGAUCUAUUUUUAUACAGGUUAUGAAUUUCAUCUGAAAAGACAUUUCUUUUUCAUUUAUCCUAGCUGUUAUUUAAUUUCACAAUAAAUUAUCUACCAUAAAUGAAAUUUCAAAUUAUGUUAAUUAUAUGCAAAAUAUGUGUGAGUAAUGUUAAUGUAAAAACUAUUAUUAUCUGUUUAAUUAUAUAUCUUAUAAGAGGUAAUUCAAAUGAAACUUACACUAAUAAAAUAAUUUGCCUUAUUGAGGAGAGUUCUAUACAAAAUGCAAAUGCUUAGAGGAGGGGAAAAAACAGUGAUAAAGUUUGCUCCUUUUUAUAUUCUUUUGUUAAUAAGGUCACUUAUAUUUCCUAUUGAACUGAGAUCCUUUUAUAAGGUUGUAUUUUUUUGUACAUUACAUUUACUAUAUUUUAUAUGAUUAUUUCAUUUAUUUAGUAUUAUUUUUUUGAAGGAAUGUAAAUUAACUUUUCCUAAUAUUUAUAAAUUUCAUUAUAAUAAGAUUGUAUAAAAUGUAUGUCAUACAUAAUAUUUCAUGUGUAU